CGCCCAUCAUGGUCACAUGAUCCACAAGCAAGAUGCAGCAUUUUAGAUGAGCAAAGAAGAGCAGUUCCGCCUUUUAUCUCUCUGUGUGUUUCUUAUGUUCUUGUGAAUUUAUUUCUCAACUCAUCGUCUCGACUUUAACUUAACUUAUCUGUCGCAAUACAGAAGAAAGUUUGAGGACGUGACUCAAACAUGGAGACAGAAAGCCGCCUCGCAACACUCUCUGUACUUCUGUGCGCCGUGUUGUGUCCCUGUGUUUUUACCUUUAGCCCUGAACAGAUUGACCCUCUGCUGUAUGAGGAGCAGCUGCUGUGGGUGAGCGGAGCCCAGGGGCAGGUGAACACCUACAGGAUCCCCCUCCUCACCUUCACCCCCAAAGGAAGCCUGCUGGCCUUCGCAGAGGCCAGGAAGUCAGUGGCUUCUGAUAUAGGAGCAAAGUUCAUUGCAAUGCGGCGGUCCACUGACAAAGGAGCCACCUGGUCCCCGACUGCCUUUAUAGUCGAUGAUGGAAUACAAGGUGACGGCCUGAACUUGGGCUCCGUGGUGGUGGACGAGGAAGUGGGCUCAGUGAUUCUGGUCUACUCCAUCUGCUUCCACCUCUUCAACUGCCAACCAUCAAGCACCAUGAUGGUGGAGAGCAGGGACGACGGCCUCAGCUGGAGCCAGCCCAGAAACCUCUCGGUCCAGCUUGGAGUGAAGAACUUCGCUCCGGGGCCUGGCUUCGGCAUCCAGAAACGUUUCGAACCAGCUAAGGGGAGGUUGGUGGUGUGUGGCCAUGGGACACUGGAGGGAAAUGGAGUUUUCUGCAUCCUCAGUGAUGACCACGGACUUAACUGGCGCAACGGUGCUGCGCUAAAAAGCAUCCCUUACAACCAGAAGAAGAGAGCACAGGACUUCGACCCUGAUGAGUGCCAGCCGGUUGAGAUGACGGACGGCAGCAUCGUCAUCAACGUGCGGAACCAGAACAACUACCACUGUCGGUGUCGCAUUAUUGUACGCAGCCACGACGGUGGAGAGACCCUGCCCAUAGAUGAUCUGUUCUUUGACUACGAGCUGGUGGAUCCUGCAGUAGCAGCUGGAGCUCUGCAGAAAGAUGGAGUGCUCUUCUUUACCAACCCCUCUAAUAUGCAACACAGAAUUAAUAUGACGUUACGUUGGUCGCUGAAUGAUGGCAAAUCUUGGGAGAAACAAGCUGUGCAGUUAUGGGCGGGGCCCAGCGCCUACUCCAGCAUCACAUCACUGGACACUGGCUCUGUAGAGGACCAGAAGUACAUCUACGUCAUCUACGAGAAGGGCCACAAAGACUGUUACGAGACGGUCUCGUUCGCAAAGAUCCACCUGUAUGGUGGCCGGUAGAGCAUGUGAGAGGGAGAUACAAUGCUGGAGGGAAAGGGAAACAGAAGGCUGAAACUGACUCCUAGGACUUUCUCAGGAAGAAAAUGAAAGACUUUUUAUACUCACUUUAUAAUAUUGAAUAUGGGGCAAUGGGAGGCUCAACACCAUUAAUAUUUAGACGGUUUAUGGUCAGCUUGUGAUAAUCUUAAAUACAAUUUUCUCUUUAUUUUAUUUUUCUCUUCUCUAGAAUUCCCACAUUUAAUGACGUUGCAAGUCUGAUGUCCAUUUUUCUGUGUUUGGAUAUGUUGCCAAGUGUGUGUGUGUUUUCUAAAAAGUUGUUUUUGCACAGCCGCAAUUUUGUGGAUUUCCUCUUCCUAGACACAAGUAGACAGAAUAAAAAUAUGACCAAGCAAGGGACAGUUAAAUGUUGAAGACUAAGUUUCAGACCAAAUACACUAGUUUCCAAGCUACUUAAAGGGUAACUUCUCUAUUUUUCAACCUGGACUCUAUUUUUUGUGUCUCUGGCUUUUGUGUGUUGUGUAAGAGACGAAUGGGAACAACAUUUUUUGACACUAUGCACUGUCAAUUUAUGUCCACUUAAAGUGCUUGUUUUUGUCACUGACGGGCUCAGAUUGUUGACAACAUUAUCAAAAGGGUUCCCUCUUAUGAUAGACGUUUUUGUUUGAGAGUAAGAUCCUUUUUGUUUAACCAUAAACAAUGAUUAAAUCGCUAUCGCCAAAACUCACCAGACUCAAAUAAUUUUAUUGUGUAUAGAGCCAGCAUAUUUGCACAUUUAAGAGGUUGAAUCUAGGGCUGAAGCAAGAACGUUUUUCUAAGUUAUAUUUUAUUUCUGUCAACUUUAAAUUAAGUGCGUUUAAAGGUGAUAAAAUUACUGUUUAUUUAAAUGGAGUCUGGUGGGUUUGGCGAUAGAGAUUUUGGGGCUGCUCCUGGCUAAACAAAAAGGAUCUUACUCUUUAACAAAAAAGUCUAUCUCUGUAUGGAUCCUUUUCAUAAUGUUGUCAGACACUUAAAUUAACAAUCUUAAUCUU